GUCAGUUAUGCUCGCAGUCGUGAAGACGGAGUGUAUUAUCGCAAACAAAGUAGAGAUGCUUUACUGUGCGGCUCUGAGCUUUGUGGCGCUGCUCUCAGCCGUGGAAGCAGCGACAAUAGAGAGAGCGGAGUAUGACUACUACAAAUACCAUCCAAUGCCAGAGAUCUCCCAAUGGAUGAAACAGAUUGCACAGAAUUACACGGAUAUUGCAAGCAUAGAGGAUUAUGGAAAAACCUACGAGAACAGGACAAUUAGCUUACUUAAGAUUGGUCUCAAAACCGCGGGGACAAAGAAAGCCAUUUGGAUGGACUGUGGUAUACACGCCAGGGAAUGGAUUGCUCCGGCCUUCUGUCAGUACUUUGUCAGUCAGAUUCUGCAAACAUACAAAACAGACCCAAAAAUGGAAGAGAUGAUGAAGAACAUGGACUUCUACGUCACACCAGUGCUCAACAUGGACGGCUACAUCUACUCCUGGAAAGACAACAUAACUCGACUAUGGAGGAAGAACAGAACUCCAGGACCUGCAGGCUGCGACUGUUACGGCACCGAUCUCAACCGCAACUUUGAUGCCAAUUGGGGCAGUGUUGGGGUGUCGAGAGACUGCUGCGAAAACAUCUACUGCGGCAAAGGCGCUGCAUCUGAGCCUGAGGCUCAGGCUGUGGCUGAAUAUCUUGGAAAGCGGAAAAACGACUUCCUGUGUUUCCUCACCAUUCACUCCUACGGCCAGCUGCUCCUGAUUCCCUACGGCCAUCCGAACAUCUCUGCCCCCAACUAUGACGAGCUGAUGGAGGUGGGUUUGGCUGCAGCAGAGGCCAUUAAGGAGGUGCACGGGAUGGAAUACGCUGUAGGAACCUCCCCAGCUAUAUUGUACGCCAACUCUGGUUCAUCCAGAGACUGGGCUCGGAUGCAGGGGAUCCCAUUAGCUUUCACCUUCGAGCUCAGAGACAAAGGGCAACUUGGAUUCCUGCUCCCGGAGGAUCAGAUCCAGCCGGCAUGCGAGGAAGCCUACAGAGGAGCUCUACACAUCAUCACCUACGCCCAUGACAAGACUUUUGGUGGUGCUGCUGUGACGGCUGCUGCAGCCCUGUGGACAGUGCUGUUAGCGGUGGGUGUCACCGGCGCCAGCGUAAUGUAAACUGCACGAGGGAAGCUGACCAGAGCUGUACAGACCUCAGUCGUCAUGCAUACUGAUGAUUAUCAGGCCAUCAAUGUUGUAUGUGUAAAUAAAUUAUAUAAAUGACAAAA